CCCGUCGACUUGGAGCGUGAGAGAAGAAGAAGCGUGAGAAGUGCGGCUCCAGCCCAGCAACAUGGAGACAGAGCUGUUUAUGGAGUGUGAGGAGGAGGAGCUGGAGCCAUGGCAACAGGUGGACGACAGCGUUGAGGAAGACGAGAUGGACUACAUGGACAACUAUGGACAACCAGUGGAGGAUUCUCCACCCCCCCGACCUCCGUCCAUCACAUCUUCAGCUCCUCCUCUUCGUCUGGUGUCAUCAGUGAUGCUUCCUCCUGCCCCCCCCGUGGUCACCUCCUCCCUUCCCCCUGUCCCAUGCCCCCCCGCCUCCUCCAAUCCAACUGUCUCAGCCCCGCCCCUGGUGACUCAGGGCCCGCCCCUCAUCCUGACGCAGACAGCUGCUGGGACCUUUCUCCUCCCAGCACACCCCCGGACAGGAAGUGCCCAGCCCAUCCUCCUCACCACGCAGGGUUUCCCGGUGCAGACGGUGGUGAACCCUGGUGCCCCCCUGCUCCUGAACCUGCAGCCGGGUCAGACAGUCCAGCCGCUCACUCUGAUCCAGUCCUCGUCAUUGGGUCAGCUGGUACGACCAAGAGUGGGCGUGUCCCUAGUCCAUCCCCAGGGUCAGACUGUCCAGACCAGAACCAGCCCUGCCCCCUCGGGGGGGCCCACUCAGCCUGGCUCCACCUUCACCGCCAUGCAGCUACCUGCCACACUGACCAUCCACACCAGCACGCCAGGACCACUUAACUUCCAGAUGACUCAGCUGGUUGGGACCAACUCCUUGAAGCUGGCAGGCUCUCAGGCUCCUCCCUCUAGUUCAGCCAACGGAGUCACCAGACUCACCGUGAUCAGCAGCACCACCAGUGGACCGAUGAGCAACACCGCUGCUCGUCCCAGCGUGACCCCAGCACCCCCCCCCGACCCCCACAGGGUGGUGAUGAGUGUGGAGGACUUCUACUACGGGACGUUUGAAGGUGACCUUAGUCUGAGGAGGCCACAGCCGCUGGGAAUCCAAACCUCCACCUUCACCUGUCAGAUCUGCACACACCUCGCCGACAACAACCUGAGGUUAAUGCAGCACAUGCUCCAGCACUCUGAGCUGAUCGGAGUCAGUGCUGGUGAUGAGAAGAAGUGCUGCAGGUUCUGUUACCGGCAGUUCUCAUCUCCAGCCCAGCUGCAGACCCACCAGGAUCAGGUGCAUGGCUCCGCCCCCUCCCCCAGCAUGUGUCGUAUAUGUGAGUGGGCGUUUGAGAACGAGCCGGCCUUCUUGAACCACAUGAAGUCCAACCACAAGCCAGGAGAGAUGCCCUACACCUGCCAGGUGUGUUCGUAUCGCUCCUCCUUCUACUCCGAUGUCCUGCAGCACUUUGCCAGUUUCCACCGAGACUCUCGCUUCCUGCUCUGCCUCUUCUGUCUGAAGGUGACCAGGAACCCCGUCAACUACCAGCAGCACCUGCUGAGACACCAGAUCAACCAGGCCUUCCACUGUAACAGGUGUCGUCUUCAGUUCGUUCUCCUCAAAGACAAAAUGCAACACAAACUCGAAAACCACCGUAGCUUUCGUCGACCUGCUCAGCUGGAAGGACUGCCGCCGGGGUCAAAGGUGACCAUCAGGACUUACGUGAAGUUCAGGCCUCCGAUGUCCUCAGCAGGCGGGCGGCUCCUCCAGACUCCGCCCCCCCUCGUCCGGCCAAUUCACAUCAAGACAGAACCGCAGAGAUCUCCAAUCCAGAGCAGCCCUGCUCCCUCCAGACCCCCCCCAUGUCCAAUCAAGAGACCAGUCAGCCGCCGGGUCAACAGGACGUCAUCGGGUGACGGAGACAGGUUGGUGUGUUUGGAAUGUGGAACGGACGCCUCUGAUUGGUCGGCUCACUUCCCGUCACACGUGCGCUGUCUGCUGUGUCCGUACAGCAGCUGCUGCUCCAGAGCCUACGCUGCUCACAUGAUACAUCACCACGUUCCGCGCUCCAAAGACAAAGUUGUUCCUCUGCACAGACUUCCUCCUCCAAGUCCCUUCCUGCUGCAGUGCUCCCAGUGCGGCUUCAGGCCUCCGAACGCCGACCACAUGGCCGCUCACCUCCUGAAGAACCCGGGGCACCACAGCGCCACGUGUCGCAUCAGGACGUAUGUGGAACCUGACAUCCAGUUCUGCUAUGAUGGGGAGCAGUGUUCUUCAGGAGAGCAGGACCCAGACCAGAAGAAGGACUUGCCUGAUCCAUCCUGGAGGACAGCAGCUUCGUGGAAGCAGCCGGCGGAGAGCGAUAGCACCAAGUCUCCCAUCGCAGCCUUCAUGGAGAGCAGUGGGCCUCAGCACAACCUGACCAAGAACAGCGACGCCAUCGACUUCUUCAACCUCCUCUUCCCUGCAGCAGUGGUGGAACUGAUCACCAAGGAGACCAAUGCCCAUGUUAAGACCUGCCAGUUCCUGGGGUCCUUCCAUCCAAAGUGGGUACCUGUCACCACGCAUGAAAUCAAAGGUUUCAUCGGCCUGGUGGUUUUGAUGGGGACUCAGAACCUUCCCGACCCAUCGCACUACUGGUCCUGGAGUCACUACGACAACAGCUACACCUUCUACCGAGCCAUGAGUUUCAAACGUUUCAAGCUGAUUGCUGCCAACAUCCGCAUGGGCAGCUUGGCCAUAGACGAGUAUCGCGGCACCAACAACCCCAGCGACUCUCUGCACAUCUUCAGGCCAAUGCUGGAUAUCCUGGGCGGAGCUAUGUGGAACACUUACCGACCGAACUGCAGUCUGACCAUCGACAGGGCGCUGCUGCCGAGCCUGGAGGAGGAGAGCUGCCAAGUGAAAGGGAAUCCAAAGACCCAGCCUCGGGUGUGGCUGCUCUGUGACUCCAAGUCAGGCUACUGCCACCGGCUCUUCAUCCAAGGGGGGGAGAAGGCGGGCAAGGAGCCAGGCUUCACCGUGGUGCCAGGGCUGGUGAAGGGUCUUGAGGACAAACGCCAUCAGCUCUACCUGGCCAGCUCCCUAACUUCUGUCCCACUCAUGCAGAAGCUUCUGAACCAGGGCAUCUACGCCUCCAGCUCCUUCCCUCCACCCAGCCCUAUCUUGCCCGGGGAGCUGUGGGCGGAGGGUCAGGUGGGGAAACCCGGGGACUUCCUGCAAAGGCAGUGUGGCCCCCUACUGGCCACUCGCUGGAGGGACACCAAGGAGAUGGGCUGCCUGUCAACGAAUGCAUCUCCGGGUGAACCAGACACUGUUUGGAGGAGGUCUCAGACCAAAGUGGGCGGCUUGGACCCCAUCAGUCGCCCUAUGGCCUUUCGCCUUCUGCAGGAGAACAUGCGAGGGGUGGACAUCUGCAAGCAGCUGCUGGCCUGCAACCCGCUUGGAGGAAUCCCUCAGGACCGCCACUGGCGCGGGCUCUUCUGGUUUCUGAUCAACCUGUGCAUCGUGAACGCUUUCAUCGUACUGCGAGAGAGUCGCAAGGAGAACCCGCCUGCCUGGGUGCAGGAUGGCCUCUUUACUCAAGUCAACUUCCGCAAGCGUUUGGGGAACCAGCUCGCCAAGUGUGCCCAGAAAUACUUUGAGACCAUGGAGAUUGCUAGCUCCCGCGGAAUGAGAAUGGAGGUGGCCGAAGAAGUAGUUAAACAAAGACACAAAAUGGUAAAGAUCAGCGCCAUCUCCAAGAGGUGCAGGAACUGCAACUUGAAGAACGUUCGACAUGAGAGCGUGUACGGCUGCGUCAUCUGUAAAGCGAACCUGUGCAAACACCCCAGCUGCUUCUGGGACUAUCAUGGUCUGUCACCUCUGAACAAAGGUUCAACAAAAGUUGGAUUUCUCAAGGAUAGAAUAAGAAGAACAUUUGUGUUUUGCUGUAGUGGAGCGGUGGAGGUGGACGAGGUCAAAGACAACAUGGACGCAGCGAUGGCGCCUGUGGAGGACUUCUCUGACGAUGAGAGAGUGGAUGAUUUUGAUGACAUGGAUGAAGAAACUGAAGAUAUUAAGCAGGAAUUAAUCAAAGAAGUAAAACAUCCGGUGUCUGACUUGCAAUCCACAAUGAACUGCCCCCCCGCCCACCUACCAAGCGACUUGUCUCCCUUGAAGACGCGGGACGAUAUUCUCAGCGCCCGGCAACUGAGAAUUGCUCUGUUUGCUCUGUGUGAUGGUCUCCGCCAAGCCUCCAGGGUCUUCUCUACUGAGACCAGGCUCAUCCACACGUGGCUGAAGGACGCCAAGAAGCGUCUGAGGCAACGUGAACAGGAAGAGAAUGUCCACGGUGAUGGAGGCAGUCGCCUGGUUGCCUGGGUGCUGUCCAUGCGUGAGCAGCAGCUUCCCAUCACAGAGAGUAACCUCUUCCACAAAGUCUCCACGCUGAAGAAGAAGGGAGAGUUCAGCGACUCCUUCCGCAUCUCGUAUGACUGGGUGGUGAGCUUCAUGCUGCAUCACCAGCUGGGCAUACAGAACACCGGCACAGCGGCCACACUGCCUCGGACCCUGCCGUCGUCCCUGGAAGACAAAGUCACGUCCUUCAGGAAGUUUACCCACAAGAUCAUCAGGGUCCACAAAUUGUCUGAAAGCACAGUUGCUGCGAUGGAUGAGCUUUGUCUUUUUGUGGAUUUAAGGUUAGUCCAGGACAAGUCUCGCCGCUCAGAGGCUCUGGAGCUCAUUGGGUCUUUACCUCUUGUAACUGUGUUCCUGGCGGCACUGGCCGAUGGUACCAUGCUGCCGUCCCUGGUGCUAUCUAACCGGCAGCUGGAAGAGAAAGUCCUGCCUGAGUUCAUCCUGCUGGAGGCCGGACCAGAGAGUCCCUUAGUAGAAGAAGCCCUGGAUCUUUGGACUAACAAGAUCUGGCAUCAGCAUGUUUGCAGUCGAACUCAGCCCAGCAGAUCGAUUCUGGUCCUGGACCAACACCGGGAACACAUGGGCGACCAGUUCCUCACAUCCAUCAGUGGGUCAGGUACGCUCCCUGCAAUGAUUCCUGGAGGUUGUUCCUUCAGCCUUCAGCCUCUGGACAUUUGUGUGAAGCCGGUGCUGCAGCGCUUCAUGCUGCUGCGCUGGGCAAAGUUCAUUGCUGGAAAUCCAAAGGAGCUGGAGGAGACGUCACCGCAGCAGCUCCAAGCAAAUGUGGCCCAGCUGCUGGUUGACUGGAUGGUCGAGGCCCUUAUGCACUUGAACAAUCUCUCCCAGGUAUGGAAAAAUUCAUUUAGGCUGACAGGACUUCUUCCGAAAGAGGAGGAGGGACUAGAGACAAUGACAAGUCAAAAGCCAGAGGAGGUCCAACUCGAUCUCUUCAAGACCCUGACUGAGACCAUUCUGGGUCCUGAAUCUCAGGAAACCACUUCAUCUGGUCUGCUGGAGCUGGAAGACGAAGAGGAUACCACGGAGGAACCAGAAGGAGGAGGACUGGAGACAUCAGAGGAGAAACAGGAGAGGAUGGAAGAGAUAGAGAGGGAGGUAAAGGACAGGAGAGAGAACAAGGAGACUGAGAUGAAAGAGCAUGGUCACCAAGAUGACACGAGGAAGCAGAAGACGAUAGAGGAGGAUAGUGAGGAGGACGGAAAGGAGACAGAGGGAGACAGAAAGGAGGUGAAUAAGGAGAGACGAGAGACCAGGAUCGUGAUAGGAGAGGAAGUCGGAGAUGAGUGGAAGAUAAAGAGAAGGACAGAGGAUGUAGAGGCCGACGACACGAGAGACAAAAGAUGAACAUGGAUAAAGACCUGGAUGUAGAACUGUUAACACCGAGUCGUCCCUGAUGGUCUUUAUUCCAACUGGAGCCUGAAAACCAAGACGAGUGGACAUGUGGUGGACAUGUGGGCGUGGCCAAACCACCUCAGCUGCCUGUGAGAUUCUGGGCUGUCACAUAAAGGAACACACCUCUCUUGGGGAGGACCUCUGCUACAGGUGUGCUGCUGACUUCAGGUGAACUGGUCCAGGGUUCAGAUCAGGUGGGAGACGGACAGGAUCUAACACUGACACCUGAUUGGCUGAUUGAAAGUCACUCAGUAGAUUAGCUGAACUUACACCUGUCCUGACGUUGUAUAGAGACAUUGGACGUUUCUCCUCCAGCUGAUGUAAACAUUUGCUCACGGACAUUUGAACUCAUCAGAGCAUGUUUGGUUUCUCCGGACCGUGAAAAUCUUUCUAGAGACGAUCUGAUCCGAUCUGGUUUUGUUGCUGGAGUCAGUCAUUGAUAAAGCUCCGCCUCCAUAGCAGCCUGUCAGCCAAUCAACGGCUGACAGAGUUUCCCCAGUAUGCACUGGGAAACAGGUUGAGUCUGUGCUGGUUGUGACAGUUGUUAUAAGUUAAGUUUAUAAACGUCAGUUAUUGAUGCAUCCAAUAAUCGAUAAAGUGAAUAUUCAGACCCAGAAACAUGAAUAAAUAUAUGACCAUGAACAAAUGAAAUAAAGUUUGUCAAACUUAUUUUCCAGGAAGAGUUCUUGUUGUGACAUGAAUCUAGGAGUGAAUCCAGAUGUUAUGAACAACUGGACGCGGUCGGAUCCACUGACCUCAUCGUCCAGCGGCUGCACUUGUUUAUUCUGUUGUGUUGAUUCUUUGUUGUCUCUAGAAGUUCAGAUGCACUUGUCCGAUACUAUUUUAACCUCAGCAU